AUAUCGCACCUGACGACAUGGCAUUCAAGGCAUUUGCACUGGCCGCCCUUGUGGUCGCCGCCAUUGCCCUUCCUGAUAGUCAUCCUACGUAUGGAUACCCUUCUCCUACGCCCUCUCACGCACCCGCAAAGUACGACUUCAACUACGCCGUCAACGACCCAGCAUCUGGCAACGACUUCGGACACCAGGAAGCCCGUGAUGGCGACCACACACAGGGAUCCUACUACGUCCUUCUUCCCGACGGUCGUCUGCAGAAGGUCACCUACAAUGUGAACGGAGACUCCGGUUACGUGGCUGAUGUGACCUACGAGGGAGAGGCUCAGUACCCCACCCCAAAGGCCUCCUAUGGGACUCCCCAGCCAUCCUACAAGCCACCCACUCCCUCCUACGGUUAAGGAAAACAACCGAUAUUUAUUGAUCUCGGAUCUUUGUAAAUAGGAUAUGCAAAACAAAUUACAAGGUAGCAACCUAUAAUGAAUUAGCUUAUACUUAAUAAAUAUUUUUGCCAUUGCUAAAA